AUGGCGGGCACUGAGGACGGGCCGGGCCAGCAGCCGGAGCUCGACGAGGACGAAGCGUCGGCUUGCCGGCGUUGGGGCGCGCAACACGCCGGGGCCCGGGAGCUGGCCGCGCUUUACUCGCCAGGCAAGCGUUUCCAGGAGUGGUGCUGCGUAGUCCUGUGCUUCAGCCUCAUCGUACACAACUUCGUCCACCUCCUGCUGCUAGCCCGCUGGGAACACACGCCCCUCGUCAUGCUUGGUGUGGUUGCAGGGGCUCUCAUUGCCGACUUCCUGUCUGGCCUGGUGCACUGGGGUGCCGACACUUGGGGCUCCGUAGAACUUCCCAUUGUGGGGAAGGCUUUCAUCCGCCCGUUCCGGGAGCACCACAUUGACCCAACAGCCAUCACACGGCACGACUUCAUCGAGACCAAUGGGGACAAUUGCCUGGUGACACUGCUGCCACUGCUGAACAUGGCCUACAAGUUCCACACCCAAAGCCCUGAGGCUCUGGAGCAGUGCUACCCCUGGGAGUCCUUUAUCUUCUUCCUCAUCAUCUUCGGCACCUUCACUAACCAGAUCCACAAGUGGUCGCACACGUACUUCGGGCUGCCACCUUGGGUCACACUCCUGCAGGACUGGCACAUCAUCCUGCCUCGGAAACACCACCGCAUCCACCACGUCUCACCUCAUGAGACCUACUUCUGCAUCACCACAGGCUGGCUCAACUACCCGCUGGAGAAGAUUGGCUUCUGGAGACGCCUAGAGGACAUCAUCCAGGGCCUGACGGGCGAGAAGCCUCGGGCAGACGACAUGAAGUGGGCCCAGAAGAUCAAAUAG